AUGACAACUCCUCCUUCCAGCCUAACUCAAUCACGAAACAAAUAUGCCCUAUCAAAGCAGUAUCUAGGUAAAAAAGUUGCAGACCUACCAACUCCCUCGUAUCUGGUAGAAAGAUCCAGGUUUCGAGGGAAUUGUGAGAAAAUGCUGUGGUCAGCCCGAAGGCUGAAUGCACCUUUCAGAGCUCAUAUCAAAACUCAUAAAACGCUGGAGGGAACUAGCUUGCAAUUGGGAAUUAAUACUGAUUCUGAGUAUAAGACGGACAGAAUUGUCAUAUCUACGCUGCCAGAAGGUUGGGGUAUCCUCCCCCUGGUCAAACAGGGGUUGAUCAACGAUGUUCAUUAUAGUCUUCCCGUAGUGAAGUCUCGUUUGGCAGAACUAGAAUUGUACUCUUUUGAGGUUCCCCAUUUGAGACUGAUGGUAGACGAUAUUGGUCAGCUAGAAAUGUUAGUUCGGUACUCUAAAGAGGAAUCGAAGCUCGCCACAAAAUGGUCGGUCUUUAUAAAGAUUGACAUGGGUACCAAGAGAGCUGGGUUGACCCAUGAUUCGCAAGAGUUGAAAGAGCUUUUGGAUCAACUUUUAAACUCAGAAGCCAAAGAUUAUGUUUCUCUUUAUGGCUUUUAUUGCCAUGCAGGGCAUUCCUAUGGAUCUGCCGAUAAAGCGGAGGCCACUAACUUUUUGCUACAAGAGAUUGAGAAUGCAAACAAUGCCGCCAGAGUUGCUAAACAGAUUGAUGGUACCUUGCAGCUGGUACUUUCAGUAGGUGCAACUCCAACCGCCCAUGCAUCGGCGGAAUGGGAGGCUCCUGACCUAGGCCAACUAGAGGGAGUGCUGGAGUUACACGCUGGAAACUAUCCAUGUUGUGACUUACAACAGGUUGCAACAAACUGCGUGUCACUAGAUGACGUGUCGGCUCAUGUUCUAGCAGAAGUGGUAUCACAUUACCCUAAUAGAAACAAUAGGAAUCCCGGAGAACAGUUGAUAAAUGCUGGAGUAAUUGCAUUGGCUCGAGAGUUUAGUUCCAUUCCAGGUCAUGGAAUAGUAGUCGACCCUUCUACCUAUGGAGAUUGGAUUGUUGGAAAGCUUAGCCAGGAACACGGCAUCUUGUUCCCUUUUAAAGAAGAUUCUAAUUGCGAGUUUAUACCUCUAGGCACCAAGAUCAAAGUGGUCCCCCAACAUAAUUGCAUCGCUGCUGCAGCGUUCCCAUGGUAUUUUGUAAUUGAGGAAGAUACAGUAGUAGAUAUUUGGGUUCCUUUCCAUGGAUGGUGA